GGACAACAAACAAAGCUUUAACCAAUUAACAAUGUCGAAGAUCCCGGUUAUAACCGUUGUUGUGGCCUUACUCGCAGUGCUUGCUUUGCCGGUUCGCAGUCAGCAACCGCCACUUAGCCAAUGUACACCGUCUAUGAUGACCACCGUGGGACCUUGUAUGAGCAUUUUAACCAACAGCAGUACCAACGGAACUUCACCUUCCGCUGAUUGUUGUAACUCGUUGAGGUCUUUAACUACGGGAGGAAUGGGAUGUCUCUGUCUUAUUGUCACCGGAAGUGUUCCUUUUAAUAUUCCGAUUAACCGUACAACCGCCGUCUCUCUUCCACGUGCUUGUAACAUGCCUAGAGUUCCUCUUCAGUGCAAAGCUAAUAUUGCUCCAGCUGCUGCUCCUGGACCUGCUGGUACAUUUGGACCAGCCAUGUCUCCAAGUCCAGCAACAACUCCAAUUGUUCCAGAGCCUACUCCAGCAGCUCAGACACCACAGUCAGAUGCAACUAGACCUUUUACACCAACCGUGGACGGUGCUGCUCCUACGUCUGAUGACGGAGGAAGCACUAGUCGACCUAAUUCUCUUACUCCUUCGUCCUCCUAUGCUUUCUCACCAUCCCUUCUCUUCCUUGUCGUCAGCCUCGUAGCUCUCAGAUUCUACUGAUUUCAUUGUUCUUUUAUUUGUAUUUAUCCUUAUGUGAUUUGAUUUAUGCAUCCUUCUACCUCUCAAACUAUUUGUUUGGUCAUUGCUUUGUGGAAAAAGUUUGUGUAUAUUUGUUAUUGUGUGAGAUUUACUUUGUAUAUAUUGUUUUAAAAGAUUGUAUGUAAACUCAGAUUGAUAAAGAACUCUCUUUAUAUUAA